CCAUCUAUUGAAGUUGUUGGGUGCGAUGACGUUGAAGAUCUUAAUGAUGACGAUCUCGUACUUGAAAAUUUUGAGAAUAAUUUAGAACAAAAUAAAAAGUUUAAUAAGCCUUUAAUUCAGGAGAUCAUCGACAAGUCUGAUGACCCUGAAACUCAAAAGAUACGGAAGCUAAUAGAAGAGGCGAAUACAUUUGAUUGGGAAUUACCGCAACAACUUCCAAAUGAAAAGGACAUUUUCCCAGUGACAGCCAGUUAUGGUUUUAACGGACUCUACUCUGGUUAUUUCACGCAUGUGCAAGAAACGUGUAAUGAAAUUAUCGAGAUAACUGAUAUAGAGAAUUCAACAUUUGAAUCCCGUCGUCGAGAUCGAAUCAAAGCUGAAGAUGAUAAAUUUGACCCAGAUCAUUAUAUUGCCGAUUUUAUGGAUGUUCAAGAGAUAAAGCACCUUAUAAAAUACAAGGCUAAUUGGACGAAGCUACUCAAGCGAAUACAAGUUAUUAAAAAUAACGCGGAUGUGAAUGAUGUUAAAGAAAGUUUGCGCGAUACUAUGGCUGAGUCGAAGUUUGCAUCGGUCGCAACAAAUGAUGAAAAUAAUAAGGAUACUGAUAUUAUUUUGAAAUUCACCGAGAAAGAAACCUCGAUGAUGAUGAACUUGCCAAACAAAUCAUGCAAUUACAAUCAUAGAGUGUAUGAAGGCGAAAUUACGGUAGAAUCUUCGUGGACGAUCGGAAAGUUAAGUCCAACCAUAUCAUGUCUUGAGGUCGCAUAUCCGUGGCGUCGAAAUUUUGAGUUAUCAGAAAAAUGCCUUGACGACGUAUAUGUUCUUCUAAAACUAGGCCGACGAGCGAUUUUAAAGGUUUUGUUUGAAAUGAAGGAUAUAUUUGAUCACCAUGAUAUUUAUUACGUGUACUCCAAGAUAUGGUUGGAUGAUUAUUGUAUUUGGUGUCAAACUAAAGCCAAUGAUAAGAUUAUUCGAUUAUUAGCACAUAAUAUUCAUCAUUUCAAGGUGCCAAAAUCCAAAAUUGGAUGGCAUUUGGAGGAAUAUGAACAAUUAGCGUUAGAAGACCAAUGCGAAAAUUAA